AUGUCAUUUUUGAUUGGAGCAGAUGGUCUCUUGAGAGAUCAGUGGCCACGAUUCGUAGGGCGACCACUGCUUGACGAUCUUGAUGCCGAUACGGCCGAGUCGUGGCAGAUGGUUCCUGUCAGUGAACAUGACCUGGGUCUUUGGGCCAAGGUUGUUGGUGCUGGACAGGAUACUACGGGCUGCAAGCGGUUCCGUCUUGUGUACAAGACGAAGGAUGACAUCCAAGGUUUCAAUCGUCCGAGUGAGGUCCGCCUUCGCUUGCAAGGAGUCGUCAAGAAGUGGGAGCUAGGACCGCUUGGGGAUUGGGAAGGGUCCAAAUGCCUGGGUGCAGCUCAAAGGCUGGAGCUGUACGGUGAUUUUGCUCCUGAAGUUUUUGCUGUCCAGCUGGACGCUUUGUUCAAGCUGGUCAACUUUAUCGGCAGAAUGCUUCGUUGUGACCGCGUGUGCGCGGAUUACAGGAAUGAAUCCGUUCGUGCUGGGAGAGUGUGCUCAGCACUGCUGGAUGACGAUGAUCCUGAGUAUCUCGCUCGUCGUGUGCAGGAGGAAUGGGUCAUUACUCAUCGUCCCGGCUAUCUGUUGGAGACGGAUGACGGUGAUCUUGUUGAGACCACCCCUCAUGCAUUUCAUGUUGGCGACUUUGUGGAUGUUGCCGUCACUUAUGACAUUCUCACUCGGGUUGUCAGAGGCGUCAAGACAGCAGAGAUUUCCAUCGGAGUGGAGGAUGUAUUAAGGCUGCAUUCAAAGCAGAGUAUCAAGGUCAGCAUAGAUGAUUAUGUGACAAAUGCUUGUAUGCUGAUGGUAUUGCAGAAGAUUGAGUUUUCUUCGGUAGUUGAGUGUGUUGAGACCACGCAGACCUCUUCCGGGUUUGGUAUAGCGCGGGAGCGUGCGGUCGUUUAA